UAUAAGCACUAUGAUACUGGCAUCAGAUAGCUGUUUUUAAGUUGUCUAUGUACAUUGUAUUGGUCCCUAUGAAAUAAACCAUGAAAAUAAUAAUAAUCAUCUCAGUCCCUGCUCACAAUUUGACUGAAUGUAAUCACAUCUUUACAUCGACUCAGUCUGUAAAGAAUAUGCUGAAUAGCUGAAUUUGUCUUCCACGUCAAGAAAGACGUUGAUGCAUCUAAAGUGACCUGUGGUGAACUUGAGCGCUGUGUUUGUGCUGUCUGUCUGUCAGACUCUGUAGGACCCAGCGGAAAAGUGCUCCAGCCGGAGGGAGACGGAGCGAGAGAGAGAGAGAGAGAGAGAGAGAGAGCUGAGUGGAGAGAAGAGAAGACGCUCUCAGAUCAGUCAGUGGCUUCAUGGAGUUAUGUACCUCUGAUCCGCCGCCAUGGAUUGCAAUCCGCGAUCACUCCUUUUCAUUUUACCUCUUUUAUUCUCCUGCGUUGUUCCUGCGUUUCCCGUCAUCUACCCCCCCAACGAAGUCAACCUGUUAGACUCUAAAGCAAGCCAAGGGGAGUUAGGAUGGAUCUCCUACCCAGUGCAUGGGUGGAGGGAAAAUUGGGAGGAGAUCAGCGGGGUGGAUGAGCACUACACUCCCAUCAGGACCUUCCAGGUCUGCAACGUGAUGGAGUACAGCCAGAACAACUGGCUCCGCACCAACUGGAUCGCCCGCCAGUCGGCCCAGAAGAUCUACGUGGAGCUGAAGUUCACCCUGAGGGACUGCAACUCCAUCCCGCUGGUGUUGGGCACCUGCAAGGAGACCUUCAACCUCCUCUACCUGGAGACGGACGACGACCAGGGCAGCCACUUCAGAGAACACCAGUUUACUAAGAUCGACACCAUCGCCGCCGAUGAGAGCUUCACCCAAAUGGACCUCGGGGAUCGCAUCCUCAAGCUCAACACUGAGGUGCGCGAGGUGGGUCCCAUGACCAAGAAGGGCUUCUACCUGGCGUUCCAGGACGUGGGCGCCUGCGUAGCGUUAGUUUCAGUGAGGGUUUACUUCAAGAAAUGCCCACACAUUGUGAAGAAUCUAGCCUCUUUCCCUGACACGGUGCCCAUGGACUCCCAGUCGCUGGUGGAGGUCAAAGGCUCAUGUGUCAAUCACUCCAAAGAGGAGGAGCCGCCGCGAAUGUACUGCAGCACAGAGGGGGAGUGGCUCGUGCCUAUUGGGAAGUGUCUAUGUAACGCUGGGUACGAGGAGAGAAGCAACACCUGCCAAAUGUGCAGGGCCGGCUUCUACAAAUCUACGCUGGGAAACAUGGAGUGUUCAAAGUGUCCGCCUCACAGUUUCUCUCACCAUGAGGGGUCGCUGCACUGCGGCUGUGAGAAGAACUACUUCCGUGCCGAGGGAGACCCUGCCUCCAUGGCCUGUACCCGACCCCCUUCAGCUCCUCGAAACGUGAUCUCUUCCAUCAACGAGACCUCCGUUAUCCUGGACUGGAGCUGGCCGGAGGACGCCGGCGGGCGCAGGGACGUCACCUUUACCGUCCUCUGCAAGCGCUGCCGCGGCGAGGCCGCUAACGGCAGCAACGGCGGCAACCUGCGUUGCGAGCCCUGCCGGAGCAAUGUUCACUUUCUGCCUAGGGCCGCGGGCCUCCACAACACCACGGUGACGGUGGGCGACCUGCUAGCCCACACCAACUACACCUUUGAAAUCGAGGCGCUGAACGGUGUGUCAUCGCUGGCACCCAAGAUGAGGCAGUACGCCGCCGUCACCAUCACCACCAACCAAGCUGCUCCAUCCCCGGUCGCAGUGAUCAGAAAGGAGAAGACGUCUCGAAACAGCGUCUCGCUGUCCUGGCAGCAGCCAGAGAGACCCAACGGCAUCAUCCUCGACUAUGAGAUCAAAUACUACGAAAAGGAGGAGCAGGAGACCAGCUACACCAUUCUCCGUGCUCGUGGUUGUAACGUGACUCUGAACGGUCUGAAGCCCAACACGGCCUACCUGCUGCAGAUCAGAGCUCGCACAGCCGCCGGAUACGGAGCCAGCAGCCCCAGCUUCCAGUUUGAGACCAGCCCCGACUCAGCCUUCUCCAUCUCCAGUGAGAGCAGCCAGGUCGUUCUGAUCGCCAUCUCCUCCGCCGUGGCCAUCAUCCUGCUCACUGUGCUUCUCUACGUCCUGAUUGGCAGGUUUUGUUGCCACAGCAAAUCCAAACAUCCUGAUGAGAAAAGACUGCACUUUGGCAACGGCCACUUGCGUCUGCCGGGUAUCAGGACCUACGUGGACCCCCACACGUACGAGGACCCGAGCCAGGCUGUGCACGAGUUUGCGAAGGAGCUGGACGCCUCCUGCAUCGCCAUCGACAAAGUGGUGGGAGCAGGUGAGUUCGGCGAGGUGUGCAGCGGUCGCCUGAAGCUGCCCAGCAAGAAAGAGAUCUGCGUGGCCAUCAAGACUCUUAAAGGAGGAUAUACAGACAAGCAGAGGCGGGACUUCCUGGCUGAAGCGUCAAUCAUGGGACAGUUCGACCACCCCAACAUCAUCAGGCUGGAGGGGGUGGUAACACGCAGUAAACCCGUCAUGAUUGUCACAGAAUACAUGGAGAACGGAUCCCUGGACAGUUUCUUGAGAAAACACGAUGCCCAGUUUACUGGCAUCCAGCUGGUUGGCAUGCUGCGUGGCAUCGCCUCUGGCAUGAAGUAUCUGUCAGACAUGGGCUACGUUCACCGAGACCUGGCAGCUCGAAACAUCCUGGUCAACAGCAACCUGGUGUGUAAAGUGUCAGACUUCGGCUUGUCCCGAGUCCUGGAGGACGACCCGGAGGCUGCGUACACCACCAGGGGAGGUAAGAUCCCCAUACGGUGGACAGCUCCAGAGGCUAUCGCCUACAGGAAGUUUACAUCAGCCAGUGAUGCCUGGAGUUAUGGCAUUGUGCUCUGGGAAGUGAUGUCAUAUGGCGAACGGCCAUACUGGGAGAUGUCCAAUCAGGAUGUAAUAAAGGCUGUAGAUGAAGGAUACCGCCUCCCCCCGCCCAUGGACUGCCCGGCCACCCUCUACCAGCUGAUGUUGGACUGCUGGCAGAAAGAGAGGAACAACCGGCCCAAGUUUGAACAGAUCGUCAGCAUCCUGGAUAAACUCAUCCGUAACCCCGGCAGCCUCAAAAUCACGGCCAACACCACAUCCAGGCCGGCCAACUUGUUGUUGGACAGGAGCAGUUCAGAGGUUCCCUCGAUGGGGACGCUGGGUGACUGGAUGGACGGAAUGAGGACCUUGCCUUGCAAAGAGGCCUUCUCUGGGGUCAGCUACAGCUCCUGUGACACCCUGGCCAAGACCUCCACCGAUAGAGUGGUUCUGACGGAGGUCCACGUCACACCGGCCACUUGCCCAGAAUGGGAGCCGUCCAUGGGAAUCACCACUCUCUAACGCCCAGCUCCUCUCCGCCUCCUCAGGCUCUGGAUGGGAUCUGAAAAAGGUUGGAGUGACUAUCGUAGGACCGCAGAAGAAGAUCGUGAGCAGCCUCAAAGCCCUAGAUUCCCACACCAAGAAUGGCCCAGUACCUGUUUAAGAAAUGAACCCGACGAGUAAGAAACACCAGAGACCUGUCCGUCGGUGUGGUUGCUAAUCACAGUCUAACACAGUGGCUUCGUAUGUAAACUGGAAACGGAUGGAAAAAUAUGAUGUGAUUCAAACGAGGGCUUCCGUUGUUUCGUUGAAAGACGAUGUCAAGUCCUGACAGAGAAACAGGAAAGAGUUCAGCUAGUGAACCGGCUGACUCUCCGAACCCUCCGUCCCUCCAUGCCCACGUUGAGAUGCCUUACAGACAAAUAGGGGGGUAGAGAGAACAGAGGAAAGCCAAGGAGACCUGCCCAGGGUUACAAACUGGGACUGGACUGGGAUACAGGGCAAGGACUGGACUAACAUAAAGCCGGAGCUCUCCAAUAUUGGCUUAGCUUGACAGCAUAGCUUUCCCUUUACGGCUAAAAAGGGAACGGGAAUGCUCACAGUCUCUUCCCACCACGCCUGUGGAACGAGGCGGUGAAACGGCUGAGACGCCUUGCGUGGAAGAGCACGGCGGACAGCAGCAGCUCACCCGGAUUUGGACCCUUCCUGGACUAAUGAGGUCUGCGGCGUGAUAUUUUGUUGUAACUACCUACAUUUACAGUCUCUAUCCAUGAGAGAACUGAGCUGGUAUAUGGACACACCUAACCGAGCCAUUUUACUUCUGUAGCUCUAACAUAUAGCAUUUGCAUUCAUGUCACAUAAAAGCAAUAAUUAUGAUAAUCAGUUAAAUAGUCUCAUUGUAUGGAAGCCAUGAGUCCGUCACAUGUAUCGAACGCUGUGCUCUGAAGGUACGGGGGCCAUAACACACUUCACACACAGACUUUUCUUUAUGGUGACAUCUAUGUUCUAUGUGCUUAUGAACAGAUAUUGUACAGUUAUAGUGCCGUUCCCUCAACCCAACGCCCUUUGUGUGAAAUCUCAGGAUGUAUUCGUUAUUCGUUCUAACAAGGGGAAACAGACGGAGGGAGUAGAGACAGGAAUUGAGAGUGCAGGUUAAGAAAGAUAGAAAAGGGGGAAACUGUAAGAGAGAAAUUUAUGAGAGGAAAAAGAAUGAAAAAGAGAUGAAGUGGUGUCAUUCAGGCCUCAGACAUUCUUGUUGUGUUGCGGAAGUGUUUGAAACUAGAAGCGGGUUUGAGUUUCUUCUUCAGGUAAGACAGGUUAGCAUCACCAAUCCCACACAACAUCAGGUAUUUUCUUUCUAAGGAGUGGGAUUUGUUCGGAAGGUUGAGAUCGACACUGCGAAACUGAGGGUGUUGUAGUCUCGUUUUAGUCCAAGUCCGUAACUUGUCAACAAAAAGCCAUGCGGGAUCUGAAAUUUGCUGUAAAACGAGAACGUUGUUCCAGUACGAAAUUAAUCCAUGAAAUCCUGGUGUGUUUAAUGCAAAAAGUAGAGUGCCUCCUCUAGUUGGGUUGGAUCGGGGUGGGAUCACCAAACAAAAAGCUCCAGUUUCCAUUUAUUUUCAACAAAGUCUUUUUUCUGUGUUCUCAAAGGGGUUUUCUCAACACUGCCCUAAACUAACAAGGUGUGAAAAUGCCCUGAAAGAGAUGGAGCACUUCCAAUAAAUGAUUGCUUUCUGAGAUAGUUUCUAGUACAAUAUAUGUCCAGGAUGGGAUUUCCCGAAGGCACCUUAGAAUUUAAGAUGAUCUUUGUACUGUGAAGUACAGCCUUACAGAUGUUAGUCUCCUGCUUUGAUGUCACCCAGUCAAUCCCUCAGUGCAACACAUACCCAGUUAUUUCUAAACUGGCACUUUGGUACUUUGUGCUGUUGGAUGGGUAAUAUUUAACCACGAGGGUGUUAUCUUUAAGCUUCUUCCAAGCACUUAGUAGACAAUAUUUGAGCACUUUGAAUGGAAAUGUUUAAAGGUGCUCCGAUCUGUCGGCCACCGAUCGUUAUUGGCCGAUAUUCGUUCUAAAUAGUUUCAUUGGUGGUCUAUAUAAAGGCUGAUCAGAUGACGCAAAACAUGCAAAACAAUUUAUAUGCGCCACUAAAAUGACUUCACCGGAGUUGCAAGUUGUGUCUCUAAAGCCCCUUUUGCAGACUGUUCAAGGCGGGACUGUUGCGCCGUUAUUCCGUGUUGCUCCAUCGCCGAAGAGUAGUUCUGUUUAUACUGUCUGCUUGGAGGACGCGUUCCCCACAUGCACAGUAGAUCGCUACGCUACCAAUUGUAGAGUAUUGGCUGCACGGACAGGUACAUGCGGUCACAACAAAUUGCCGGUAUGUGAACGUCCACACAGAGCCUAUCCGUACACCUUCUGAUGACGAAAUUCACGUCACGCGUACCCUCGCAGACGCGCAAAGUAUAAUAUGUGUUUUCUUGUGAUCGGUGAUUGGCCCCAAAAAUCUUGAUCGGAGCACCCUUAGAAAUGUUAUUGCCUUGGUAUGGACUAAGGUGAUUUUGGUGCUUUUGGGAAACCCAUCUCUGUUGAGUGCGUCAGUCGGUCCUCUGUUACUCGGUCUACCUGUGGAUGCUGCUGUUGCUGCUAUGUGUUCUAAUUAGCAUGUACAUAAUGUAAACCAUCGUAAUGAUAGCAACUAGCGCUACAGAUCCCACUAUAUGUACAUGGCCAUCCCUCUUUGUACAAAUGUUUGUAUGUAUAAAAGAAAUAAAUAAAAAAUUGUGCAACAUUUUUAAUUAAAAAAGAGACAAAAAUCAUCUGUAUUAUAUUUUAUCUUAUUUUGGAUUAUAUUUGUUUGCUUUUUUUUUUUUUCUACAAUAAAAAGGCAAUUAUGAUUACAUUAUUAUUUAUUUGUUAACAUUAUACGACGCAAUGUUGAUGUUUUUUUUGUAGCAUACAGUAAAUUAUGUGUCAGUGCUAUCUGUGUUUUUGGUUUUUGACUUACUUUAUAAACCUGGGACAUCCGAGAGAGCAAUACUGUUAUGCACCCGAUAUCCAGAUCCCUCAUUCUCUGUCUCAAGACUGACCCGUGUGUCUGUGUGAGAGUUUACGUGUGCAAAUGUAGAUGGCCUUGUCUACUAAUGUAAAAUGAUUUGUAGUGGAAACAUUUAUAUUUUUAUAAUAAAUAUUCGCAAAAUAUUUUCCAAAAAAUGGAUGAUGAUA